CGAAAUCUAGUUUCACUUUUAAUGUAUUAGAACUCUUAAAUGCUGAAGUUAUGAAAAGUAGACAACAUGGCAGCUUCCAUUGGACAAGAACAGAUGGUUGAGAUUAGUUUCGAGAACAUUAAAAAGGGCAAAAGUUUGAUAGCUAAACAGAAUUUUGAAGAAGGAGAUGUCUUAUUUGAAGAGAGACCUCUUGUCAGUUCUCAGUUUCUUUGGAAUGAAUUUUACAAGUACAAGGCAUGUGAAUACUGUCUACGUUCACUGGAGACUGCAGAGAAUCAGAGUCGACGAUUGACAGAAAACGAAGCACUGACAUUACCCUACCCAGAGUGUGAUGAAACAAACCCAUCACAAUAUACUGCUUGUCCACAGUGUCAGGUGACCUACUGCUGUCAGGAUUGUCAAAACAGAGGCUGGGAGGAGUACCAUCAGACCUUGUGUAUGGGGUCAUCUAGAGAGGAUGAAAACCAUCCUCUCAAUAAAUUACAGGACAUGUGGAGAAACCUUCACUUUCCACCAGAGACUUGUAGUAUAAUGCUCAUAGCAAAGAUGGUAGCCCAAGUCAAACAGAGUAAAAACAAAUCAGACAUGUUGGAGAAGUUUUCCCGCUUUGUAAAAACAACAGUGAAUGAAGAAGAAGCACUGGUUCAUAAAAUGAUGGGGGACAAAUUUCAGGAGCCCCUUGAGAUGCUGCGACAACAGAUGACAGAAAUACUAUUUGAUGAUUCUGUCCAACAUUGGUUCACACCUGAGGGUUUUCAGUCCUUGUUUGCACUUGUUGGCAGGAAUGGUCAAGGUAUAGGAUCAAGUUCAAUAAGUACUUGGGUAAAAAAAUGUGAAAAAUUGGAUUUAUCUGAGGAAAAGAAGGAAGAAUUGGAUGAGUUUAUUGACAGACUGUAUGAAGAAUUAGAAAAAGUGUCUGGUGCAUUCCUGGAUUGUGAGGGUUCAGGACUGUACCUCCUACAAAGCACUUGUAACCAUAGCUGCCAGCCUAAUGCUGAGAUCACAUUUCCAUACAAUAAUAACAUUAUGUCAGUGGUGGCCAAAGAAGGAAUUCCUUCUGGUCAGGAGAUCUGUAUUGGUUAUCUUAGUGAAUGUGAUUUAUCACGAAGCCGUCACAGUCGACAGAAAAUUCUCAAAGAAAAUUACCUUUUCAUUUGUGAAUGUCCAAAAUGUUUAAGUGAGGCAGAUGACCCGGACUUGACGUCAGAAGAGGACGAAGAAGACAUGGAGGAGGAUCAGUAAAUGAAAGAAUGCAAGAAAAGUCAAAAUUUACUUUUUUAAAAUGUAAAAUCAAUAAAUCUGUAUAUUAUCUAGUCAA